AUGGAGCAGCAGCAGCAACAACAGCAGCCGCAGCAGCCGCAGCAGCAGCCUGCGAGCGGCGUCCCAGGCCCAACCGGCCGCCGGCUUCACAUUGCUCACAGGAGAAGCCCCUCCGAGCUGACUCCGUUGAUGAGCAUGUUUGCCAACCCGGGUAUGGAACAGCUAGCCAUCCAGCAGCAGAUUGAGCUGUUGCAGCAACAGCAGCAACAGAUCCAAGCUACUCAGCAACAAUACAUGAACAUGGGAAUGAUGCCCCCCACGCAACAGCUCGGCCCAGGUGGUGCUUUCAAUCCCCUGCAGCCAGGUAUGGCGCCGCAGGGCGGCUUCCAAUUCCCCCAACAGCUUCCGCAGCAGAAUGUCUCGAUGGGAGGUCCUCCUACCCAGCCAAUGUCACAUCGCCGUAAUCAGUCGGCACUUCCGAACAUGGGAAUGGGCCCGCCUCCCGCUCCCUCCUCGGGUGCUUCCGGCUCGAACUUCAACAACGAUGCCGCUGGCGCCGCUCCCAACAGGGAGAACACCGGUGGUCGUGGAGGUCGUGGCGGUGGUGCCGGAGGUGGCCACCAGCGACGUCACUCCUUGGCGCUUGCCGAUGCGAAGAAAGCGGCAGAAAUUGCCCAGCAGAAGCGUACAACAUCAGGCUUCCAGUUUCCCAUGUCUGGUCCCUCCAACGAGGCCGGCGCCGAUGGUGGCGCCUCCGCCCCCGCCCCCGCCCCGGCCCAACCCGAGGCCCCAAUUGCUCAGGGUACCAGCGCUGGUCGUGGACGCGGUGGACAUGGCCGCAGCCAGAGCAUGGCUGUCAACGGCCGUGGUGGUGGCGGCGCAGGCCGCGGCGGCUUCUCCGGUGACUCGAACCAAAACGACUUCGGUCGCCGAGGCAGCUCGACCGGAGGUGGCCACGCCAGAACCGGUUCGCGCAACUUUGACGGCAACUGGCGUAACCAGGGCGGCAACCAGGCUCAGGAGCAAGGUGGCUUCCAGCCGGGCCACCGCACUCGCGGUUCUAUCAACCAGUCCAUCUCCAACAUUGGAGCGUUCCAGUACCCUGGUCAGCCUCAGCUGAUGCAGAUGCCCGGCUCGAUGAUUCCCAUGGGCAUGUACCCCGGUCAGCAGCUUAACCCCAUGCAGAUCCAGCAGCUGCAGGCUCUUCAGGCUGCACAAAUGAAUGGUCAGCAAUUUGUUGGUCUCCAGGGCAGUCAGCAUGCUGGCCAGCUUGGUGGAAACCAGCAGCAGCAGCAGCAGAGAAAGACCCUCUUCACUCCUUACCUCCCUCAGGCCACCCUUCCGGCCCUUCUCGGCGACGGGCAGCUCGUGUCUGGUAUUCUCCGCGUGAACAAGAAGAACCGCAGCGACGCCUACGUUUCCACUCAGGACGGUUUGCUCGAUGCUGACAUCUUCAUUUGCGGUAGCAAGGAUCGCAACCGUGCCCUCGAGGGUGAUCUGGUCGCCGUCGAGCUGCUCGACGUUGACGAGGUUUGGUCGCAGAAGCGCGAGAAGGAAGAGAAAAAGAAGCGCAAGGACAUCACUGACACCCGUUCUGGAUCAACCAACGGUCAGAACCAGUCAUCCGGUAACAACGAUGACAACACUCAGCAAGAGGGCGGUAUCCGCCGCCGGGGCAGUCUGCGCCAGCGCCCUACCCAGAAGAAGAACGACGACGUUGAGGUUGAGGGCCAAAGCCUGCUUCUUGUCGAGGAGGAGGAAAUCAACGAUGAGGCCAAGCCUCUCUACGCUGGCCACAUCGUGGCCGUCAUUGAACGUGUUGCAGGCCAGAUGUUCUCGGGUAACCUUGGCUUGCUCCGUCCCAGCAGCCAGGCUACCAAGGAGAAGCAGGAGGCUGAGAGAGCUGCCAGAGAUGGUGGUAACAACCGUCACCACGACAACCGAUCUCAGGAAAAGCCCAAGAUCGUCUGGUUCAAGCCUACCGACAAGCGCGUGCCGCUCAUUGCCAUUCCUACCGAACAGGCGCCUCGUGACUUCGUCGAGAAGCACCAGGACUACGCUGAUCGCAUUUUUGUGGCCUGCAUUAAGCGCUGGCCGAUUACCUCGCUGCAUCCCUUCGGUACUCUCGUUGAGCAGUUGGGCCGCAUGGGUGACCUUAAGGUGGAGACCGAUGCUCUUCUACGUGAUAACAACUUCUCCUCCGACGAGUUCUCUGAGGCUGUAUUGCGCAGCGUUGGUCUGCAGGACUGGUCUCUUGCUAAGGAAGAUGAGGCUGCUCUGGCUACUCGCCGGGACUUCCGUGACGAGAAGGUCGUCACGCUUGAUCUGAACGGGUCUCCCGAGCUUGCCAACGCCAUCCACAUCAAGACUCAGCCUGACGGCAAGAUCGACAUUGGUAUCCACAUUCCGGAUGUCACUCACUUUGUCAAGCCCAACUCGCUUGUCGACCGUGAGGCUAAGAAGCGUGGCACAGCUGUUCACUUGGUCAACCGGACAUGCGCUCUGCUUCCUCCCAAGAUCGGCGGCGAGGUUUGCUCUCUAGCACCUGGUGAAGAGCGCCUCGCUGUCAGUGUGCUUUUCCGCGUCAACCCUCACAACGGCUCUGUUGCCGAGGGUGAUGCCUGGGUCGGCAAGAGUAUCAUCAAGAGCACUGCCAAGAUUACCAUUGAUGAGAUUGAUGCCGCUUUGAACGGCCAGGCUGACUGGAAGCAUGAAUCUAUCCAGCUCAAGGAUGUUCAGAUUCUCAACGCCGUUGCCCAAAAGUUCACCGAGGCUCGUCUCGGCGCUGGUGGUGAGCCUAUUGCUCCUCUCAGGCUUCUGCAGCAGCUUGAUGAUGAGAACAUCCCCAUCAAGCACAACAUCUUUGACUCGACCCCCGCAACUGAGCUCGUUGAGGAGCUCAUGCACAAGGCCAAUACCUAUGUUGCUCAGCGCCUUGCCCAGGCUCUCCCCGAGAAAGCCCUCCUUCGCCGACAAGGCCCACCCAACGCCCGACGCCUGCAGACCUUUGCCGAUCGUAUGAAUGCGAUUGGCUACGAGGUCGAGACCUCCGGCAGCGGCAGCCUGCAUAACAGCCUUUUUAAGGUUGAUGACGCCGACGUCCGCAAGGGAAUGGAGACGCUCGUUCUCAAAUCGAUGCAGCGUGCCAAAUACUUCAUUGCCGGCAAGACGGCCAAGCAGCUGUGGCCUCACUAUGCCCUCAACCUGCCUCUGUACACUCAUUUCACUAGCCCCACCCGCCGCUACGCUGAUAUCAUCGUCCAUCGUCAACUCGAGGCCGCGCUCUCCGAUGGUCAGAUCGAGUACACGGAGGACUUGGAGAGCCUUGUCAAGACCAUCGAGUCUUGCAACACCAAGAAAGACUCGGCGCAGAACGCCCAGGAGCAGAGCAUUCACAUUGAGUCCUGCCGCGAGAUGGACAAGAAGCGACAGGAGGUUAACGGCGAUCUCAUCACUGAAGGUAUCGUCCUCUGCGUGUAUGAGUCGGCCUUCGAUGUCCUCAUCCCUGAAUGGGGCUUCGAGAAGCGUGUGCACUGUGAUCAGCUGCCUCUCAAGAAGGCCGAGUUCAGAAAGGAGAAGAGAGUGCUCGAGCUUUACUGGGAGAAGGGCGUGCCGAGCUCGGCGUACGUACCUGAGGAUGAGCGCCCCAAGGCUGCUGCGUCUGUUAGAAACGCCAACGCCAUGGCUGCCGCCCGUCAAGCGGAGGCUGCCGAUCGCGCCAAGAAGGAGAGAGAGGAGGCUGCUCGCAAGCAGACGGAGACCGGCACCAUAUCCACUGACGAUGUCGAUGCGCUCUUCGACGACGACGAUGACAACGCGUCUGACAUCACCGAGGCCAUGGCUGGCGCUUCGUUGGCUGAGAGGCCGACGCAGAGCGUCCCCGGCUCGCCAACUCGAUCCGACGCCAAGCCUCUGCAACGCACGAGAUCCGACUCCAAGGUCCCUGCGCCGGAGGCUCCCGAGACCCGCCUUUCGAACAAGGAGAAGUACCUCAAGCUCUUCAAGCUGCGCGAGGAGGGAGGAGAGUACAUUCAAGACGUCACGGAGAUGACCAGGGUUCCUGUGAUUCUCAAGACCGACCUCUCGAAGAGCCCGCCGUAA